AAAUACGAGAAUUGAGCAGCUCGACUGAGGGAAGACCCUGACGACCGGUCACACGGUGCUGUCCUAAAAAAGUGUAUGCCGAUCCAAGAGACGUGGUAUGCAGCGUACAGAAACUACGAAAAUGACCCAGCGUUUGGAGGGACGGCUAAAUGUGGCAAGUUUUCCAGUCUGGGUCCCGAAGAGAAUGGGGUAUAUGCCAUGUUACUCCAGUUUACAGACACCUCAAUCACGGUGGUGACAAACCUAACCUCAUAUGAAGGGUAUGAUGCGAACAAUCUUCAAUACUUUCAUACCAUCGAUCAAGGUGAUUCCGUUCUUUUGUAUAUUGCGUAUUUGGGUUGCCAGGACUGCAUUGUGUUCAGAAACAGCUACAUCAGUGACGGACGCGUGCACUCUCCUUGUUCCUGAGAGCGCACUGGAAAAGCACACCUGCUGCGAUUUCAUCUUCGAUUCUUCUCUGCGGGACAACGCCAAAGUACUACCUAUAUGACGAGAGCUGUGCAAACUGAAGUAUCUGCA